CGGGGCGGAGCGCAGCGCAGCGCAGCGCAGGGGGAGAGGAGGGAGGAGGAGGAGGAGGAAGGGGCCGAGCCAGGCGCAGCCGGCGCGGGGAGAAUGGCGGCCGGCGGCCGAGCCCGAGCGGCGGCGGCGGCAGCGGCAGCCCCGGCAGCAGCAGGGCUGAUCCUGAGCUCCAGGUGCCCCCGUCUGAGUCCCCCACCAGGCCGAGAACUCUAAUGCUGUCACCGUGCAAAGCCCUAAAGAUGAACAGGGAAACUACGGAGGUAUCUGAAAACAGCCACCACCUGAAGGUCUUCCUGCCCAAGAAGCUGGUGGAUUGCGUGCCCAAGUGCCCUGCUCUGCCCAAGGAGCGUCUGCGCUGGAACACCAACGAGGAGAUUGCUUCCUAUUUGAUCACCUUUGAGAAGCACGAUGAGUGGCUGUCCUGCUCCCCCAAGACCAGGCCUCAGAACGGCUCCAUCAUCCUAUACAACCGGAAGAAGGUGAAAUACCGGAAGGAUGGCUAUUGCUGGAAGAAACGGAAGGACGGCAAGACCACCCGCGAGGACCACAUGAAGCUGAAAGUGAAAGGUGUAGAGUGUCUCUACGGCUGCUAUGUCCACUCCUCCAUCGUCCCUACAUUCCAUCGGCGCUGCUAUUGGCUGCUGCAGAAUCCGGAUAUUGUGCUGGUCCACUACCUGAAUGUCCCAGCCAUUGAGGACUGUGGGAAGAUCUGCGGGCCCGUCUUGUGCUCCAUCAACAGUGACCGCAAGGAGUGGCUGAAGUGGUCGAAGGACGAGCUGGUUGGCCAGCUGAAACCCAUGUUUCACGGGAUAAAGUGGACGUGCAGCAACGGAAACAGCACGGCGGAAUUCUCCAUCGAGCAGCUGGUGCAGCAGAUCCUCGAGAGCCACCAGGCCAAGCCCCCGCCUCGGACCCACGCUUGCCUCUGCAGCAGUGGCCUCGGGAGUCCUGGCCACGUCCCGCACAAAUGCAGCAGCACCAAGCACCGGAUCAUCUCCCCCAAGGUGGAGGUCCGCCCUUCCCCCUACCCUGCGCUGACGGAGGUCCAGAACAUCUCCAGUGGCCCAGAGGCCAAAGCAGAGUCCGAGCCGGCCAAGUCGUCUGGAUCCGAGCACAAGGACCCCAAGCUGGCCAGGGCCCCUUCCCCCGGGGUGCUGGAGGCCUCUCCGGACUCGACUCAGCCCUCGCCUGGCCUGGCCCAGCCCAACGGCUUCCCCAAGCAGGAGCUGCCGGCCGUCACCCUCUCCGUGGGCCUGCCCGGCAGCACCAUCCUGGUCAUGACUGGCCUCGGCAGCCCCGAGAAGCCCCUGGCGCUGACCCCCAGCCAACACCUGGUGUCCGGGGAGGCCGGUGGGCCGCCCGCCGCCCCUCUCGGCUUGGCCCUCUUGCCGGGGGCGGGCCUGGUCCUCUCGCAGAACCUGGAGUCCACCAUGGAGACCAGCGAAGCCGGCCCUGCGGCCUUUGACCCCGACUGCUUCCUGAACAGCCCCAAGCAGGGCCAGACCUAUGGGGGCGGAGCGGGGCUGCAGGCCAAGCCGGAGCCCCCGGAGCCUGCCGCCCUGCCCGCCUACUCCCUCUACGUGCCCGGCAACCGCUUCUUCAUCCAGGACGACGGGGCUGGCCAGGCGCCCUUGCCCCCCUCGCCCCCCAUUGCCGCGGGGACCGAGGUGAAGAGCAGCCCGGAGACCCCCAUGGAGACGGCAGGAGGAGAGGGGAGCCCGCCGGCCGAGGGGCCGCCCGGCGAAGGUGGGGGGCAGGCCGGCGAGGCGGCGGAGAUCGCGGCCACGGAGCUGCAGGAGGAGCUGUACUCCAUGAUCCAGACGGCGGCGGCGGCGGCAGCGGGCGGCUCCUUCGGGCUCUCCUUCGACAGCCACUUCCCAGACCUCAUCAGUGAGCUGAUGACGGGCGAGGGGGGGCCGGGGGGCACCCCCGGCUCCCAGGAGGGCAGCCCCAGCUCUGAGAGCCCCGUGCUGGUCCUGCCAGAGGCCCUCGCUGAGCCCUGCUACGCCGCAGGAGGGGGCCCGGAGGCCUCCCCACAGCCCCUGGUGUCGAUCACAGACUUCUCCCCCGAAUGGUCCUAUCCAGAGGGCGGGGUCAAGGUGCUCAUCACGGGGCCCUGGACGGAGGCGACGGAGCCCUACAGCUGCCUCUUUGACCAGAUCUCCGUCCCGGCCUCCCUCAUCCAGUCGGGGGUGCUGCGAUGCUACUGCCCAGCCCACGAGGCCGGCCUGGUGCCUUUGCAAGUUGCCUGUGACUCCCGCUUGGUCUCCGUGUCGGUGCGCUUUGAGUACCGGGCCCGGAACUUCAUGGCCCUGCCCAGCACCCAGCUGGACUGGCUCUCUCUGGACGAUGACCAGUUCAGGAUGUCCAUCCUGGAGCGCCUGGAGCACAUGGAGAAGCGGGUGGCCGAGAUGACCGCAGCCGCCACCGCCCCCCAGCAGCGAGGGGAGAAGCCCCCCGGCCAGGCUGCCUCGGACUCCUUCGAAGACCGCAUCGUUGCUCUGUGCGAGAAGAUGAUGUCCCGUUCUUGCUGGCUUCGUUCAGAGACCCUCGUCCACCAUGUCAGCUUCCGGGGAAUGACCCUGCUCCAUCUAGCUGCUGCGCAAGGCUACACCCGUCUCAUUGAGACCCUCAUCAAGUGGCGGCGCCUCAAUGCUCACAGCCUCGACCUGGAGCAAGAAGUGGACCCGCUCAACGUGGAUCACUUCUCCUGCACCCCGCUGAUGUGGGCCUGUGCCCUUGGCCACCUGGAAGCGGCUCAGCUCCUCUACCGGUGGAACAGCCACGCCCUUGCCAUCCCGGACUCUCUGGGCCGCCUCCCGCUCACCGUGGCCCGUUCCCGCGGCCACGUCAAGCUGGCCACCUGCCUGGAGGAGCUUCAGCGCCAGGAAGAGGCGCCCUCGGAGCAGCCGGAGGCAGAGCCCGCCGCGGAGGGGCCCGGCAGUGCCAGCAAGGCCUGUGGCGGCCUGUGGCGGCCCACGGAAGCCCUGAGCAUCCCCUCCCCGCUCUCGGCCAGCCCAGACACAGGGCUGAGCACCGCCAGCGACAUCUCCUCCCCCUCGGAGCUCUCCGAGGGCUCCGUCUCUGCCACCUCCGCCUACUCCAGUGGGUCGGCCCUGCGGGAGUCGCCCGCCUACAGCCCGGACGCCGAGGGGGCCAUGGACGUCUGCCAGGCCCCGGUGCCCGAGCGCCUGCCGGGCUGGUAUGGGCGAGAGGCCCCCAGCCCCCACGGCCUGCCUCCCGCCCCCUUCUUCAUGGACUGUGACCAAGUGGGGGCCGCGGGCCACACAGAAGGCCCCGAGCCGGACUUGGAGCCGGAGCUGUUGGGCUACGGGGAGAACGGGGAGAACGAGGAGUUCCUGCCGGCCACGGAUGUCCUGCAGGUGGACAUGAUCACGCUGGCCAAGCAGAUCAUUGAGGCCACGCCGGAGCACAUCAAGCAGGAGGACUUCAGCCCGGCGGGGACCCCACUGCGGGAGCGUCCGGGGAGCCGGGGCCUGAGCGAGACGAUGUCCUGGCUGUCCAGCUACCUGGAGCACGUGGACCCGCUCCCCAACUCCUCCUCCUCCUCCUCCUCCUCCUCCUCCCAGCGCCGGUCCCUGGCGUCGCCCUCCCCUGCGGGCGCCCCCCAGGCCCGCCUCAGCCCCCUGCCCUCCCCCCUGGGCGAGCUGUCCUUGGAGAGGCUGCCCCCGCCCCCCACGGCCGCCAGCUGGGCGGAGUUCCUCAACGCCUCCGCCAAGGGGAAGAUGGAGAGCGACUUCGCCCUGCUGACGCUCUCGGACCACGAGCAGCGGGAGCUCUACGAGGCCGCCAAGACCAUCCAGACGGCCUUCCGCAAGUACAAGGGGCGCCGGCUGAAGGAGCAGCAAGAGAUGGCCGCAGCUGUCAUCCAGAGGUGCUACCGCAAGUAUAAGCAGCUGACGUGGAUUGCCCUGAAGUACGCCCUCUACAAGAAGAUGACGCAGGCGGCCAUCUUGAUCCAGAGCAAGUUCCGCAGCUAUUACGAGCAGAAGAAGUUCCAGCAGAGCCGGCGGGCGGCGGUCCUGAUCCAGCAGUACUACCGCAGCUACAAGGAGUACGAGAAGCUCAAGCAGGGGCACCGGGCCUCGGCCGCCAUGCAGCAGAAGAUCAAAGGGACGUUCCUGACCAAGAAGCAAGACCAGGCAGCCCGGAAGAUCAUGCGGUUCCUGCGACGCUGCCGGCACAGGAUGAAGGAGCUGAAGCAGCGGCAGGAGCUGGAGGCCACCCAGAAGCGGGGCCUGGCCACCUAGCCGGAGCUGGACCUUGCCGGGCCGCCUCCAGAGAGUCUUAAGCCCAGCCCCGGGAAGGAACUGGGGUGGGGCGGGGCCGUGCGCUCCCCUCCACCAUGAAGGACAGUGCAAUAGAGACUGGCCGGGGAAGGUGUCUGUCUCCCCGCCCUCCUGCCCCCGCUGCGGCGCCCUCCCUAAGCCCGAAGGCCACAGCAGGGAGCUGCCACCCCCCCCACCCGCCCACGCUUCGCCUUAUCUCUGUGCCAAACCCACCGGCCUUCCCCCCUCCCCUUCCCUCCCAAGUCCAAGGGGCACCUGAAGGCCAUCUGGCCUGUGUAUGGGGGUCACAGGGGACGCGGGGCAGAGUGCAGUGGCUUCUUCACCCCUGAGGCCCCGCCUCUUGCAUGGGGCCCUGAUGACCCCCUCACGCCCCCUCCGGAGUGGCCCCUGGAAGCCUCCCCCACUGCCCUUGAAUGCACUUUUGACCCACCCAGCCCCGCUUGUUCCCUUGUCCUCCUCACCAGUGUACAUAAUUGGGGGGCCUGCAGGGGGGAUCCGAGGGAAUGGAUUCCAAGGGGCUUCCCCCGCCCCCCGCCCUCAGCUGAGCCGCCCUCUGGGUCCGCCUGUCCCCCUCGCCUCCCCUCCUGUAUAUAUUUGUAACAUAUGGAGAGAGAGAAAAGUUAUACUUCAGAAUCUAUUUAAUGGGGUGGCAUCUGCCUUGCAGGGGGGUGGGGAGCCCUAUGGAUUUUAAGUUCAGAGCCAGCCCUGCGCCAUGGUGUAUUUCACCCCCCCUCCCCUCCCCACCAUUUCUUUGCAUGGGUUUUUGUUUGUUUGUAUACAUUUACAUUAAAGGGGACACAAAGAAAGCCGAGAA